GCGGCGGGGCGAGCUGUUGCCUGCGUCUGCCGCCGCAGACUAGAAAUUUGGAUCCUGAGGAACUCGCAGCCGGGAACCGGCGGCGAUGGGGCCAGGUUGAACCGCCUGCCUGCUAGCCACUGAGCGAGCCGCGAGACCACGGAUGGAGCGCCCGGCAAAGCUCGGCCCAGAGGCGGUGCUGCACUUCCUCGAGGAGCGCGGGGGCCGAGUCCGGCGCUCCGAGCUGGUGCAGCACUUCUCCGGCGCCCUGGGCAAGGAGCCGGAGCAGCGCGCCCGCUUCAAGGAGCUGGUGAACGCGGUGGCCACCGUGCGCACAGACCCCGCCGAUGGCUCUAAGUAUGUGCACCUCAAGAGGAGGUUCUACGGGGGGCCACCGUCGCCCAAGGCCGUGCCCCCUCGGGACCUGCCCCACAUCUCGGUGACCGCUGAGGCCGAGCCCCAAGGCGUCGCCCCAGAGAGGCCCGACGGCCGGGCAGAGGACCUUGAGAGUGGCCUGUGCCUCGAGGCGGCGGCGCCGUUGGCGCUCGGAGGUCCCGUCUGUGAGCCCGGCGGAGGGGAGCGUAGUGCAGCCAUUCCUGGGCCGACCAGUGUGGCGGACGACAGCCGGAGUUGGCCGCCCAUGAAUGGCGGGGCCCGCAAGAGAAACGCGCAGCCUCCGACUGGGGCACCGGCCCCAGCGACCAGCGAGGACCUGGAACCCAAGUCCCACGGCUGCGAGGAGGCGGAAGGGGAAAGCUCUCCCGCGGGGACCACCACCCCGAGGUCUACUCGCCAAAACCUCCGGGAUCUUGUGAUGGGCAGUUCCCCGCAGCUGAAGAGGAGCAUCUGUACUGGAGGCAGCAGCCCCGGGGGCUUCUCUGGGGUAGGACGCGGCAGAGGCGGGGCUGACUCGGACAGCGCAUCUGUUGCUUCGUCGGCGGAGGAGGAGAGCAGCAGCGGAGGCUCCGUGACGCUGGACCCUUUGGAACACGCCUGGAUGCUCUCAGCCUCGGACGGCAAGUGGGACAGCCUAGAAACGUUGCUCACUUGCGAGCCCGGCCUGCUGGCUAAGCGGGACUUCAUCACUGGCUUCACCUGCUUGCACUGGGCUGCCAAGCACGGCCGGCAGGAGCUCCUGGCCAUGCUGGUCAACUUUGCCAACAAACAUCAGCUGCCAGUAAACAUCAACGCCAGGACAAGUGGAGGCUACACAGCCCUUCACUUGGCAGCCAUGCAUGGGCACGUGGAGGUGGUGAAGUUGCUAGUGGGGGCCUAUGACGCAGAUGUGGACGUCAGGGACUACAGUGGGAAAAAGGCCUCGCAGUACCUGAGUCAGAGCAUCGCCGAAGAAAUAAAGAACCUGGUAGGAGACCUAGACGAGGACGACGGGGACAGCGCAGCGGGCAGCGGGGUAGGGCGCUGGAGGUUUUCAAAGGUACUACCUUCGCACCUCAUCGCCCACAAAUUUUCGCAUGUCCUGGAGGAUGGAGGGGAUCAUCACCACCACCACCAUCAUCACCUGGCUGAGGGAUGGACUGGAAGCAAAGCAAAGGACCCAGGUCGCAAAGCUUCAGGCAGCUCUAGUGGGCGAAUAAAACCCAGACUCAACAAAAUGCAUUUCCGAACCCAGAUCAUACACACCACACCCUCUUUCAGAGACUCAGAGCAGCCUCUGGAGGAAGGGGAGCAGGAAGAAGAGGAUCGGUCUCUUAAAGUCCACUUAUCCUCAUUCAAAUUGAGACCGAAGUCCAAUGUAUUCGGGUAAAAAUAUUUUUUUUAGGAAAUUCUAAGUUGUAUUUGUCUUGCGAAAUAGAAUACUGGGUGUAAGCAAGUAAGUGACACGGGAAAAGACCUAGGCUAAAUUAUGCAUUCGUACUUGGUGGGUUGGAAUGGGUCAGGGACAUUUCCCCCUAAGUAUUCUGGGUGAGGUGGUUUUACCAAGUGAUUCAUCAAACCUUCACCUAAGCCUCUUUUCCUUAUGCCAGCCCUCUACCUUGGAGUCCCUGUUUGUGAGGACUAGAAAUGGAUCUAAAAUUGGGGGUACAGAAUUGAUGACUGAGGGUUUCUUUGAUUUAACCAUUAUUGGAUGCCAUGCAAAGUAAGGAAUAUUGCACUUUUAUGUAUAUGUUUUUGAAAGUAGUUACUAUUCCAAAAACAAGAAAUGCAAAUUGUAGUGAAACUUAGUAUUUGUUAAGUGUGAACAAAACUACAUACUCCCUGUAGUUUUUACUAAUUGCAUUUGAUUUUUAAGAUGCUACGGAGGGUAAGGUAGAGUUGGAAUGCAAAAAUACUAAUUAGAGAAUAAUGUGAGUAAAAAUGGUAACUCCAUUGGUAUCCUAUCUGUACUAUAAGUAGUGUCCAACUAUUUUUUAAAAAGCAAUUUCAGGUUUGGUCACUGAACUGAAAAAAUAGACAACAUUCACUUUUGAGUUAAUCUAUAGUAUGUUUUCCUCUUAAAUAUCUCAUACCACUGCACUCAGUAUUAAGGUACAUUAUUAAUAACCAUACAAAUUUUUAUAUAAAGAAAACAUCUUUAACAAUCUAUGGUAUUUUUAAGUAAAAUACUGCCUUUGGUUCUGAUUCUUAUUAACUUGUUUUGCUAUUCUAAAAAUCUAAAUUUGCUGAAGUUUUUAUUCUGGAAUUAUGUAACUAUUGGUUCUAUUUGACAUGAUCCUACUUGUUGGUGCUUAGAGUUGAACUGCAUAUAGGAACUUUUCUGGUUUGGAUGAUUA